UUUAGUCCGAUUUGCGUCAGUGGCCCUGAACGCCACACCAGAACAAGCUGACAUUUUACUAACAGUCCGCGUUGACUACACAGCUUGCGACUGAAUUUUACAUUGGAUAUACAGCUUCGUUUUAAUAAUAGGAUAAGAAGGGAAUCAUGCUAGCAUAUAUCUGGCAGUACGUCUACACAUCCUACCUCAGGUACUGGCUGAAAUGGCUCAUCAGGCAGGCCACAGGCACAUGCGAGCUGCAGAGAAUAUGUUCGGGCUACAAACCGGGUGCCAUCAGAACAACAAAAACUGAAUACUCCCUGGAGUCGUCAAAGAGCAAGCUACUAAGAGGUGCCCUGGAAUGCAGCCAGGAGACAUUGGAACAAUGCGUGGACCAAAUUAUGAAGGAGAAGCGCAUCAAAGUGCAGACUAAUCCCUUGUUCAAAGAGAGUUUGCAUACAUCUCUGCUGCAGAUAACAGGAUACAAACGCCUGUACAUGUCCGUGGAAGACACAAGGAAGGAAGUGUUCUGCUCGGACAACCAACAACAUGAGGCCAUGCUGCUGAAGCUUUGGGAGCUGCUCAUGCCGAACGUGGAGCUGGAGUCCAGAGUGACCAAGCAGUGGGGGGACAUCGGCUUCCAAGGGGACGACCCCAAGACGGACUUCAGAGGAAUGGGCAUGCUGGGCCUCAUUAACCUCCUUUUUUUCAGUCAAAACUACACAGAGGAAGCACGGAUGGUAUUGUCUCACGCAAACCAUCCUAAACUGGGGUACUCCUACGCCAUAGUCGGGAUCAACCUGACUGAGAUGGCCUACAGCCUCCUGAAGAGUGGCGCUCUCAAAGCUCAUUUUUACAACACGGUGCCUGACGCACCUCAGCUACAACACUUUCAUCAGUUUUAUUGCUACCUGGCGUUUGAGUUUGACAAAUUCUGGAUCGCAGAGGAACCGGAAAGCAUCAUGUUGUUCAACCAGUACAGGGAAAAAUUCCAUAACAUUGUCCAGACGCAUCUGAAGGACCCCGACGUGUCUCUCACGCUCUGAUCCAUGUGAUACGCAACACCGAGAAAGAAGCACUAACAUUCCAUGUUUAGACGUGGCGAGGACGGCGGACGUGGCGGUGAGUUGUUCAGCUCUUUUAACGAGGCAGCAGCCCUAUGGCUAUAUUGUGGUCCAAAGACACGUUGAAAAGUGUCAAAUAACAUAAACACUUUAAGUUGGUCGGCUCAGGAUUUUGAUAUUUACGUCCUUAAUAAUGUGACUGAUGCCUUUUGUUUGUUUGUGAUUGUUCAAAGCGUGAUGUAGCCACUUCAACUAUUAAAGGCCUACUGAAAGCCACUACUAGCGACCACGCAGUCUGAUAGUUUAUAUAUCAAUGAUGAAAUAUCAACAUUGCAACACAUGCCAAUUCCGGCCUUUUUAGUUUACUAAAUUGCAAUUUAAAAUUUUGCGCCAAAAUAUCCUGCUGAAAACGUCUCGGUAUGAUGACGCGUGUGCGUGGCGUCACGGAUUGUAGAGGACAUUUUGCUCCAGCAUCGUGGCCAGCUAUUAAUCGUCUGUUUUCAUCGCAAAAUUUCACAGUAUUCUGGACCUCUGUGUUGGUUAAUCUUUUGCAAUUUGUUCAAUGAACAAUGGAGACAUCAAAGAAGAAAGCUGUAGGUGGGAAGCACUGUAUUGCAGCCGCCUUUAGCAACACAAACACAGCUGGUGUGUCAUUGUUUACAUUCCCAAAAGAUGACAGUCAAGCUUUACUAUGGAACAGAGAUGUCAAGCGAACACGGUUGGAUUGGACCACACACACAAAGUACAGUGUAUUAUGUGUAUUAAUAAAAAACAUUUUACCAUUCUGUAUUCUGAAGGCGAUCUAUAUUGUGUGCUACUCCAGCAUCAAUAUCAGUAGCGUCCACCUGACCAUCACCGUCAGCGUCGGGUUCAAAGCGGUAUGGCUUUAUCCCUUGUUGCGGUUGGGCCCGGCCGAGUGGUCCUGCCACCCCCACGGCUGCCACGGCGCCUCUCACAGCAUCUUCCCUAUCUGAAUCGCUCCCAUUGCCCUCUUGUCCUUUUUUUUUCCUCUAGUCUUUCACUCUCACUUUCCUCAUCCUCGCUCAAAUUAAUGGGGAAAUCGUCGCUUUCUCGGUCCGAGUCAGUCUCGCUGCUGGUGGCCAUGAUUGUAAACAAUGUUCAGAUGUGAGGAGCUCCACAACCCGUGACGUCACGCGCACAUCGUCUGCUACUUCCGGUACAGGCAAGGCUUUUUUAUCAGCACCAAAAGUUGCAAACUUUAACGUCGAUGUUCUCUACUAAAUCCUUUCAACAAAAAUAUGGCAACAUCGCGAAAUGAUCAAGUAUGACACAUAAAAUAGACCUGCUAUCCCCGUUUAAAUAACAAAAUCGCAUUUCAGUAGGCCUUUAAACACACUUUGAAGUAGAAGAAGCACACGUGUAAAACAGGUCAGAUAUGUACACUGAUAUAUUUAGGAUGCUUAUAAACAUGUUAUGACACCGUCACUACUUCAGCUGCCUGAAGUUUGUCCUGUUAAAGUGCAGUUUUUAGGCGGGCACACCUGCACCAUCCAAUAUUAUACACUGAAAAUACUUCAACAAGUGCUAUGGGACGGCCCCCCGUUCCUCAAUCUGAGAACAAAAAUGGCUUCUCCGCCCCCCUGCAGGUGUGCCUAAAAUAGCACCCGGUGCGUUCCCUCCACCACCAGGCUCAGUUAGCGUCCUCAAACCUCUUCUUGGUGACCAUCAUGCCCCGCUUAAUUUGCUCAAAGGAGACAAACAUCACAACGUUCCACGAGCCCAGCCUCAGGAAGGAUGGUACGAAACUAUUGAUAAGACAAAUAAAAAAAAGGGAAUUACAAUUAUGGGACGUGUAAAAAAUUCAGAAGAAUUGAAGAGUGAGCGCUCACCCCUUGUAGAACGCUGUAGGCCCCUCUUUGGUCAACAUGGUCCAGGCGCAGUUGAUGGCGCUCUUGUACUGACCCGGCGGCGAGUUCAUGUACCUGGUUUUUACCACGUCCACCGGGGAGGCGAUCACCGUGGUAACAAAGCCGGCGCCGAAGGCAGACACAAAAUGACACGGAAGAUUGUCUGCGGGGAUAUCGUCAUCAUCAGCACUUUGUACAGAUUAUGGUAUCAGCUGGCGGGAGGGUGGGUGUGUGGGCCCUUAACCAAUCAGCUAUCUGUUGGAGUGUGUGUGUGUGUGUGUGUGUGUGUGUGUGUGUGUGUGUGUGUGUGUGUGUGUGUGUGUGACUCACCUGACAUGAGCUUGUGUCGCAGGAUAGCCUCUUUGAUGAGGUCGUAGGUCACCAGCUCUGUGCAGUUAACCAGCGCAUUUCUUGUGAUGUUGGGUAGAGUUCCUGCACAGCACGUUUAAGAAUAAUUAAUAAUAAUAAUAAUAUUAAUUAGGGGUGUGGGAAAAAAAUCGAUUAGAAUCGCGAUUCUCACGUUGUGCGAUUCAGAAUCAAUUCUCUUUUUUUUUUUUAUCAAUCCAAGAAACCACUACACAGCAAUACUAUAACAAUGCAAUCCAAUUCCAAAACCAAACCCAGCAACACUCAGAACUGCAAUAAACAGAGCAAUUGAGAGGAGACAAAACAAACCAAAAGUAGUGAAACAAAAAUGAAUAUUAUCAACAUUAUCAAUAUUAGUUAUACUUUCAGCAUAGCAGUGAUUAAAAAUCCCUCAUUGACAUUAUCAUUAGACAUUUAUAAAAAUAAUAAAAAAGAACAAUAGUGUCACAGUGGCUUACACUUGCAUGGCAUCUCAUAAGCUUGACAACACACUGUGUCCAAUGUUUUCACAAAGAUAAAAUAAGUCAUAUUUUUCGUUCGUUUAAUAGUUAAAAUAAAUUUACAUUAUUGCAAUCAGUUGAUAAAACAUUGUCCUUUACAAUUAUAAAAGCUUUUUACAAAAAUCUAGUACUCUGCUUGCAUGUCAGCAGACUGGGGUAGACCCUGCUGAAAUCUAUGUAUUGAAUGAAUACACAAUCCUUUUAAAUCGGGGAAAAAAAUCGUUUUUGAAUAGAGAAUUGUGUUGAAUUGAAAAAAAAAUCGAUUUUGAAUCAAAUCGUGACCCCAAAAAUCGAUAUUAAAUCGAAUCGUGGGACACCCAAAGAUUCGCAGCCCUAAUAAUAAUAAUAAAACCGAUGUUGGAAAAUACCUCUGAGUUUGUGUCAAAUUGCCGCAAUUGUGUUCUCUUCAUUUAUAGAUAUUCAUAUUAAUUUUAGUGUUUAAAAUUGAUUACAAAUGCUUUUAAUUUGGAUGAACUAUUAUUAAUACGGUUUCACGGUGGCAGAGGGGUUAGUGCGUCUGCCUCACAAUACGAAGGUCCUGCAGUCCUGGGUUCAAACCCAGGCUCGGGAUCUUUCUGUGUGGAGUUUGCAUGUUCUCCCCGUGACUGCGUGGGUUCCCUCCGGGUACUCCGGCUUCCUCCCACUUCCAAAGACAUGCACCUGGGGAUAGGUUGAUUGGCAACACUAAAUGGUCCCUAGUGUGUGAAUGUGAGUGUGAAUGUUGUCUGUCUAUCUGUGUUGGCCCUGCGAUGAGGUGGCGACUUGUCCAGGGUGUACCCCGCCUUCCGCCCGAUUGUAGCUGAGAUAGGCGCCAGCGCCCCCCGCGACCCCAAAAAGGGAAUAAGCGGUAGAAAAUGGAUGGAUAUUAUUAAUACAAUACUAAUGUUGAGUUGAUAUAUUCCAUUUGUAUUUUAUCGUGUCAAUAUUAAAUUAUAAAUAAUUGAUACAAUGUUAAAAUAAAUCAUGAAUGAAAAGGAGCAGAAAGAAUAAACGUAUAAUAUCUACCCCAUAUUAUUAAUUCAUAUUAAUGAAUGAGGGGAUUACGGCAAAAAAAUUCAAAUUUCAAACGUUAAAAGGGAGAAGUUAUUAAUAGAAUACAAAAAUAUAGUUAUACAUUCAAUAAUACAAAAACAUUGUAUUAUUAACAUCUACGUAUUUUCAAAAAAAUUCAAAUUUCAAGGGUUAAAAGGGAGAAGUUAGUAAUAGAAUACAAAAUAUAGUUAUAUAUUCAAUAAUACAAAAACAUUGUAUUAUUAAUAUCUGUAUGUAUUUUCAUAAAUACUAUUUAUUAAUUUAUUUACCUAAAUAUUGUUAUGUAAAAUUAUCUAAAUAUUGUUAUGUAAAAUUAUUGUUAUCUAAUUCUGUACAAUUGAUUUUACUAUCAAGUAACAUUUUUGGCCCUCCGGUCACAAUCCGAUUUUUUAUUUUUGCAUCAGAUCGGAUCCGAUUUCGAGUCUCAAUUGGAGACUUUGACAAUAGAUCAUAGAAGUGAAACAUUUGCCAGUAUUAUUGUAAAUUACAUAUAUCAAAUGUGUGGUAUUGAAUAGUACAUACAUGUUUUUAAACAUGUGUCUAGUGCACAAUAAAGAAAAACUACUUUUGUUCCCAUGUGGGUUUUGCUCUUGAAGUCUUCCUGUAUGAGAGACUUACUCACUUUGUAAUAACAAGAACAAGACCAAGAAAAAUAAAUGACUGCAAAACCUUUGGCAACUCCUC